UUGCUCAUUUUGUGACUGUAUACUAGGGAUGAGUCAUGAUUUUUGAAUACUCAAUAUUCAUUAUUUUAUUAAAAAUCGAAGAGUUCAUGCGACAAUUUUCUGACCUUAAAAAAAAACCAAUUGUCCACCAUUUUUACCGAUGACUGUUCAAAUAUGGUACUCCGCUAGACGGUGGCUGUAGAGCAUCUGAAAUCUGUUUGCUAACCGCAUUAAAUAGCAGAAAAAGAUGAAUGCAAACCGCAUGAUGAACAAAAGAAGACAAACUCUAACUGCAUUAAAUAGAAAAGAGGAAGAAAACAGCAACAGUUGGGAAAUAUGGGCGUAGCACUGUGAGACUCAGAAACACAGAAAAAUGCAGAGACUGAGCAUGGCUGUAAAAUGUAAACAUUUAUGCCACUCUGCUGUGUCACAGACACAUGAAGGUUGAGACAGUUGCUUCCAUUGCCCGCCACCAGCGGCAAACUCAAGCCGAUGGCAGUUGAAGCUACUGCCACACAAACGUACCAUUAACAGGACGGGUGUCCUGUGGAGCGUUUACUUUUACUGUCUUCACCUGCAGUGCACACAGUGACGUGCUGUGUGAGUCAGUGUUGUCUCAACUUCUCCUUUCAAACAUGCUGUCAGAUGCCUGGAGCCAACAAACCCAGAGUUAAAGACCCAAAUCAUUAACAUUGUGAUUGUAUAAUUGAAUUUUUAAUUGAUAUACCUUAAAUCACACUGCAUUAACCCCCCUGUACUAUCUUUUGUAUCUAUCUAUAUAGCAAUAUGUUUAGUUUUAUUUAAUACUUUCUGUGUGUGACUAGUGUUGAUUACCAACAAAUACCAAUGAGCCUGAGUCCUUAGACUGACAACCAAGGUUUGACUCCAGCCUGGUCUGUUAGCUGCAUCUCAAAUCAGCUUCUAAAAGCUGUUGUGUCAAUGUAUGGCUGUCAAAUGAAGGCAAAUACUGCACCUUAAAAAAUAAGAAUAUAUUUAAAAUCCUGUAUUUUCACAUGUAUUGUUUUACUCAAUAUGUUUGGCAUACAUGCGUCAAUCAAUAGAGUUUUAUAUAUUUAAUGUUUAUCAUCAAAUUUGUCUUUGGUUCAAACUGGCCUGCAAGGACAAUGUGCUUAGUUUGUUAGAAUAAGUGAUCUCUUCAGUAUUUUUUAUGACAGUAAUACAUGUGACUAUUUGCUCGAGCCAACAGAAAUGCCCAACGUCUAAUUGUGUAUCUUCUAUUACACGUUACACCACAAGAGAUGUUGUGUUUCAGUUAACCUGAUUUUAAAAAUAGGCAAGAGAGCCACUCUUUAAAACUUUCUCAUCGUUCAGGCUGAAUGCUUCGAAUGAGCUCAGCAAGUUUCCUGUAUGAGACUGAAUAGAACACAGGGUGGGUGUCAAGGGGAUUAGGUGGUGGUUAAGUGGUGGACUUGAGGACUGUAACAGAUCAGUGGGCCAUCACAGACACAUUCAGGCUGCAGCUCAUCUGGCAAGGUAAGCUUUCAUGUCCGUAUCACUCAGAAACAUAUGAAACCAGACAGUAUUUUAGAUUCUUAUAUUUCAUUUCUACUGGUGUUAUGAUGACAAAUAAUAGAUUAGUCUGUACCUAGUGUUUAUAAUGUGUCAGGAUUUGAUUCACUUUUGUUUGAGGCAUUUAGAGAUGUAUCACUCAUAGUGACAGAGGUGUAUGACACUGCAUCUUCUGAUAAUUUCAAAAGUUUCCUGAAAUUCCAAAAUAACAAAAUUUUAGAAAUGUUGCUUAAAUAAAACAUCUUUAUGUAGCGUUAAAGUAACUGCUGUGUUUUCUAACUUAAAGAGGUCAAAACGUGACUCACUGGAAGGUGACAACUUUCACCAUGGGAACUACUUGUCUCCUUAGACUUCUAAUCAUGUCGACAGGCUUCUCUGUGCUGCAGCAGGUGAGAAGCUGGGGCAUCACUGUGCCAAAAACAGUGACCGCAGUGGAGGGAAGCUGUGUUGUGGUCCCAUGUAAGACAAAAACUCAUGUUUGGGCUACCUGGUACCAAUACGCCAAGUUCUCCUAUCCUAAGGUGUAUGACAGAUUCCUUCCUUCAGUGGAACAACAGUACAGGGGACGCACCUCAGUACUGGGUAGUGCUGCAGAGGGAAACUGCACCCUCUUGAUCAGAAAUAUUAAGAGAGAAGACAACAACCUUGAAGUUUAUGUUUGGAUCGACCCAGACUCUCCAGCAACUCAGAAAUACUAUGAUCAAACUGUUAGAAUCUAUGUUGAGAGACAAUCUCCAAUAAUCACAAUUCAGGAGCAAAUAGUAGAAGGAGACAUUUUCCAGGCUAACUGCAGCAUUAUCCACUCCUGCCCAUUAUCGCCUCCAUCCCUUAAAUGGACAAGAAGUCAAUUUAUGGAAAACUCAACUUUAAUGGAGAUCAACAAGCAAGUACAGUUGCUAUGGAUGUACACAGAGACACUGCAUGGGCUGGCAACAUACAAAUUGCACAACAGCACAAUGAGAUGUUCUGCACUGUUCAGCGACCUCACUUUAGAAAGUCAACAAGUAACACUCAACAUUUUAUAUAAACCCGUGACUGUGAUGCUGACACUGAAAAAAGAGUCUGUGAUAGACGGGGAUAACGUCAUCAUGGAGUGUGCUGCAAACUCUAACCCAUCACCACACACAUACAAAUGGUUCAGCAGACAGAUGGGUCAGAACACCAUCAUAAAUACAACAGAUGGAAAACUGCUCUUUGAAAACAUUACUCAGAAAACAUCUUUCUCCUGCGUUGCCUACAAUGACAUUGGAGAGGGGCAGUCCGACUGGGUGGAUCUGGAUGUUCAAUUUGCCCCAACAAUCCUACCGGAGUCCUCCUGCCACCUGAGAGGGGAGUUUCUGAAGUGUGUCUGCCAGGCUGAAGCUUUCCCUGAUGCCUCCAUACAAUGGGCCAUUGAUGGAAAUGACUCUCUCUCAUCCUCUGUCAGCUUGGUUUCCAAAAAUUACAAGCAUAUUGUUUCUGGGGAAUUAAGUGGCCAAGCUCAAAGCCAGGCUAAUGUGACUUGCACGGCCACAAACUCCCUGGGCAAACACACCAAACAACUUUAUUUAAACAAAAUGCCAACACAGUCUUCUUUUUCCAUUUGGUUGGGAGCUUUAUUGCUUGUUGGCAUUGCUUUAUUGUUUGGAAGCGCAGCGGUAAUUUACAGAAAUAGACACAGAUCACCGCCAGGUUCUGUGUGCAACACUGCAAUCCUUUUAAGGCCGCUAAGUGUCUCAGAGAAUAUGCAAGGGGAACUAAGAUAUAACAACCCUCAAAGUUUGAGCACACAAGUUGAAGACACACAAUCAAACUCGUGCAGAGCAGGGAGUGACUCUGAAGGAGAUGAACCUUCCUGCAUUUAUGACAAUGAUGUUGUGGAAGAACUACGACGAUCCAGAGCUCAGCAGAACAACACAACAGCCCCAUAACUAGAAGGUGCAACAGAAGCCAGGGAGAAGGAUCAUGAUGGAUGAGGUGGUGAGGACUGAGGUCAUCCUCUCAGUCUACAUCAUUUCCUUCCUUAUCGGCCUGCCAGCCAACCUCUUGGCUCUCUACGCCUUCAGUGUGAAG